CGGUGUUGCUGCUAGCUCGGUUUAGCUCGUUUCACUUGAACUUUCUCUGAUUAAACGCUUUAUUUCAUCAGUAACACUUGAACACACACACACUGGGAGGUUCAGGAUGAGUGUGUGUAUGCCUCAGAAGAAGUUUUAUCGGCAGAGAGCUCACUCUAACCCCAUGGCUGAUCACACAUUCGAGUAUCCCGUGUGUCCAGAGCAGAUGGACUGGUCUCAGCUUUAUCCUGAGUAUUUCAGCUCAGAUGAACAGAUGGAGAUAGGACGGAGCACUCGGGUGGAGUUCGCUGAUAUCGGGUGUGGAUAUGGAGGACUGCUGGUGGAGUUAUCUCCACUAUUCCCUGAUCACCUCAUUCUGGGUUUGGAGAUUCGGGUUAAAGUCUCAGAUUACGUUCAGGACCGAAUCCGAUCACUCCGAGCCUCAGAACCGGGAAAAUACCAGAACAUCGCCUGUCUCCGCAGCAACGCCAUGAAAUAUCUCCCCAACUUCUUCACUAAAGGACAGCUCAGUAAGAUGUUCUUCCUGUUUCCGGAUCCACAUUUCAAAAAAACAAAGCACAAAUGGAGGAUCAUCAGUCCAACUUUAUUAGCGGAGUACGCAUACACACUCCGAGUUGGGGGUUUAGUUUACACCAUGACGGAUGUAGAGGAAGUGCACGUAUGGAUGGUGAAACACUUUACAGAGCAUCCGCUAUUCAGCCGAGUGUCUGAGGACGAGCUGAAGGAUGACGUCAUUGUGGGCCGUUUGGGGACAUGUACAGAAGAAGGGAAGAAGGUGCAAAGAAAUGGAGGGAAGAACUUCCUCGCUGUGUUUCGCCGAGUCGAGGAUCCGAGCUGAAACAUUUUCAUAUAAACCCCAUACUAAUCACAUGACCAUCAAAACUUUGGAGUGAUCACAUGACCAUCAAAACCCUGGAGUGAUCACAUGACCAUCAAAAACCUGGAGUAAUCACAUGACCUCCUGAUCUACGAAACAUACCAUUUAACUCUGGGCUGAGAAAGUUUCCACACAUCCUGUUUUCCAGAAACAAUUCUUGUUUUACAAAGUUACAAUCUAAUUAGUUUUUUGUGGAUGAAGUUCUAAAUAUUCCGUUUUAUUUCUGCUUCAGUCCUCAGUUCAGAACUGUUUAAGUAAAUAAUAAUCAAAUAAAUAAAGCACCUUUUUAUGUUUCUGUUUCCUAAA